AAAUUGUGAGGAAAAGCACGUAAAAGCAAAGUCGGUGUGUUCCAGAGGCGUUUCUUUGUGAACAAGCCGCCACAGGUCGACGGCUGGCCUGCUGCCUUACAUGGACAAACAUCUCAAAGUCUCCGACGGCUGGAAUUUCACGGCGUGACGUCACCGCCUUCCACUCUCCCAGAAUUUGGAUCAAGAAGUUUCACUGUUUUUUGGUGGGAUUUCAACCUCCUCUUGUAUAUUCCUGGAAAGCGAGGUGUUUGAUCCUGUGGACUCCAGCAUUGUUUAGUGGAACGGUUUUGAACCAUGUGGAACCCUGGGAACAGUAAAGAACAGACAGAACAAGUGGCUGCUAGGAUGGAGACAACUUCACCUUUGGGUAGUGCCAGCAUUUCUGUCUCCCAGCAGCAGGCACCCAAGAAAUUUGCCCCUAUGGUCGCACCCAAACCCAAGUUCAACCCUUACAAACAGGUGGCAGAACCUGUGCAUGCUGAUACUGCAGCGGACUACCCUCCCCCUCCCCCACCAGUUGAAGAGUCAGCCGUUGUCCUGCCGUCCUCUGCUUCCUUCCCUCCUCCACCACCAGUCAAUUCAUAUGACUAUCAGGUGAAAGGACCGGAGAAAACCCUGGAGGAGAGGCGCUCUAGUCUGGAUGCUGAGAUUGACUCCCUCACCAGCAUCCUAGCAGACCUGGAGAGCAGCUCGCCUUAUAAGCCAAGGAGCACACAGAACUCUGGUCCCUCAGCCGUCACCACCCCCAGUGCUCCAGUGACUGGUUACAAGCGCAUGGUUAUUCCACCUCAGCCACCUCUGACUGCUACUAAGAAGUCUUCACCCAAACCUCAGACUCCUGGUGGACUCCCAUCUGUUCCCCCAGUCUCUGUUAGUCCUGUGGCCAAGCCCCAAUCCCACAUGGCUCCUCAGCCUGUUGCGGCCUCCUACGCUACAGCCUCGACCCCAAGUCAGCCCACCUUCAAUGUUCAGGUCAGGUCUGCUCAACCAGACCCCCAGCAUCAAGCCCCAGGUGGCCAACAUUUUGGUCAGCAGCCCAUCCGCAGCCUUGCACAGGUACAGUACAUGCCUGCACAGCCCAAAGGUCCAGACUUUGCUUAUGGCCCUCCCCAGCCUGGCUUUUCUCCAAUGGCCCAGGGUGUCUAUCAAGAACAUCAGCAUCCAGCAGUGCCUCAAGGUGGUGGCUUAAGCAACAGAAGACCGGAGCCUAUGCCUACCCAAGGAUACAACCCUCCAGGCCCCAAGAAGACCUAUAUCACAGAUGUACCGCCAAGCUUGGCCCCCUACGCUCCUGGACCAGCUGUUCCACCAAAGGGCAGCACCCCCAACAUUCCUGUUGCGCACCCAGAAGACGAGUUGGAGCGCCUGACCAAAAAGAUGUUAUUUGACAUGGACAAUCCUCCAUCUGAAGACUACUUCGGGCGCUGUGCCAGCUGUGGAGAGAAUGUAGUGGGAGAAGGUACGGGCUGCACCGCCAUGGACCAGGUCUUCCACGUCGACUGCUUUGUCUGCAUGACUUGCAACAGCAAGCUGCGUGGCAAGCCCUUCUACGCUGUGGAGAAAAAGGCCUACUGUGAGCCUUGCUAUAUUAACACCCUGGAGACCUGCACCAUCUGCAGCAAGCCCAUCAUGGAGCGCAUCCUGCGGGCUACGGGGAAGGCGUACCACCCUCACUGCUUCACCUGUGUCGUGUGUCAUCGCAGUCUGGACGGCAUCCCAUUCACUGUGGACGCGUCCAACCACAUCCACUGCAUCGAGGAUUUUCACAAAAAAUUUGCUCCUCGUUGUUGUGUGUGCUCUGAGCCUAUAAUGCCAGCACCGGGCCAGGAGGAGACUGUCCGCAUUGUGGCUCUGGACCGUGAUUUCCAUGUGCAGUGUUACCGCUGUGAGGACUGUGGUUGUCUGCUCUCGGAGGGGGAUAACCAGGGCUGCUACCCUCUGGAUGGACACGUCCUCUGCAAAAAUUGUAACACCGGUCGCAUCCAGGCCCUCACCGCGAAGGACACCACUGACCUCUGAACAGCCCACCGCCUGGUCAACUUCAGUGUUAGAACCCUCACAUCUAGGGGUGUAACGAUGCAUCAUGAAUUGUGAUAACCAUACGGUGAAGCUUGUAUCAAAUCUUUUUUUUUGUUGUUGUUUUGUUUUGUUUCGUGACACCAUGAAAAGUCAGCUCCUGCAUGAAAUAUUGACCUCUGCAGAGUAAUCAGAAAUAAUUCAUAAAAUAUAGAAAUAGGACACAGAUAGCAAGGAGUACAAUCUGUACUUUAGGAUUAUUUGUUUUUGUUUUCUUUUUUAAGUUAAAUCUUUCACCACAAUUACUGGGAACAGUGAUGUCAUCUUGUACCGUGAUAUAUAUCAAACCGUGACGGGUGUAUCGUUACACCCCUACUCGAGACGUCUCGUGCACACACACACACAUACCCAUCUGCAAAAAUGCUUUCAUUCCUCAGCAUAUACAUCUAAAUAUAUGUGUGUAUAUCUACAUGCUCACUAACAACAGUUAGCUUCACAGCUUUACAAGCAUACAUAUGCACGUGUUCUCAAUACGUGUGUCCAGAUUUGAAUGAAGACAUGAUGUGCCGUCAUUCAGUACUAUUAACAAACACACAGUCUACAGGAACUCAGAGUCUUUUCAUCUGUUGUUAAGACUGACUUUCACUAAAACAUGCAAAUGUUUGACACAUCUGCAGCCACGACCAUGGAAUUCUAUGCAGAUUUUAAUCCUGAUAGACCAGGUGUCAUGAUAGUGCAGAAGUAUGCAGGUGUUCAUUUGUGACUGGAAGGAGAACCUUCACACUGCUUGGCUAGUCAUGGCAUAUUCAGUGCUGUGCAAAAGUUAUAGGCACACGUAACACUUUAAAUGUUUUUUUUUAGUAAUUAGUUUUAAUAAGAAAAUAAGAAGUGUAAUUGAUCAGAUUUUUGCAAAGAUUUUGUUCUUAAUGAUCAUUGACAAUUGUUUGUUUUGUCGUGGAAAUUGAAUUAAAAGUGUACUUCUAAAGCACUUUUCUAUCUGUGGCAGACACACAAAGUGCUCCACCGUAUGUGUCCAUAUAGACCCCGAGGGUCAGAGUCCACAACUCCCCCUGGACAGGCAGUCAGUCCAUCGCAGGUUACUUCACAGCCACGGCCAACACUCAUUUAUGGCUGGGUGGACUGAGGCAGUGUAGAUUAAGUGUCUUCUUGCCCAAAGACACAACUGGUAGCAGGAGCAGGAUUCAAAUCCAGAUCAACAUAUCAGCAGACCAGUUCUCCUUAUCCACUGAGCUACCUGCUCUACAAUGAUGCAUCAUAUUUACCCAUUCUCUCUCUCUCUCUCUCUCUCUAUGCUUUAGUGAUGCUAAUGAGCACAAUGAGACAAGUGUUCCAUCAUCCACAUUUUUCCUGUCUGGUGGGCCAUGAAUACUGGUCAGUCAUAAGUCCACUUCUCUAACCUUUCCCGCCAGGUACUACACCUACUUUUUAAAAACAGAUUAAUUUACUUGAUGAAAUGAAAAAAAAAUCUUAAAGUUGACUUUCUUUGAAUUGGAAUAUCUGGACAUUUUAGAUUUAAAUUCCUGUUGUCUCAAAAAUGUAGGUAGGUGGGAGGGAAUAAAAUACAUUUGUAUCGCACGGUUGUGGUGCCUAAAAGUUUUGCACAGCUCUGUUUGAAAACCACAAUUAUGUUCAUCUUCAUGAAACUGUGCGCCCACAGUGUUCUGAAGUUUUGAAUCUUAAUUGUCACUUUUUAAUCAUUUAUAUGUUAAAGGAAACAGUGCAGUUUGACUUUGGUGAAGUCCAGCAGUGCCAGAGCAGCUGCUUUUAGUGCAGCCACAGUGUCUGUGUCAUUAGACAGAUGGAUAAUCUGUCUGAUGACACAGGAGCUGACAAAGUGCUUCGUUAAAGGACCAAAGGAAACAUCUGCAAAGACAUGAUGAAACAAGAGUAUCCAAAAAAGCUACAUUCACUUAGACACUUUGUUCUGCACCUUUAAGCACAGCAUCACUUAAACUGCACGGUGGCAUCACAAAUAUCAAAAAGUCUGCAGUUGCCCAUUAAAUUUGUUCAAAUCUUAUUUUCCCCACUUUGCCAUAUACAUGAAAAAAAAUGUGCACAUCGGCUGCAGUGUGCACGAUGUGUGCACACUCUGUCUGUGAGCUCCGUGAUGGAUGUUAAGUGUCACCGACUGGUGUGUGGCUGCAUUAAUACGAUUAAGAAGAAGCGCCAGCACGUGUUGUUUAAUGUGUUCAUUUUAUUCUUCAGUGUUUGCACGCUGUAAUCAUGCACACGAGACACAGACAUGGAUAAAAGCACAAAAUGAAAGUCUCGCCUGCUUCUAAGUGGUCAAAACUGAACACCAAAGAAAUGAUUUUCUCCUGCCAUGUGUGAUACGUGCUUGUGUUAUAUGCAGUAAUGUUGAGGGUUACCUACAGGAUACCAAACAGGAUCACAGGAACUAAAGACAAAACCCUCAACAGGGAGCUCUUGGCUAUUUUUUAACACAGUGUUUUGUUGCUGUAGAUGAUUUAAAGUUUAGCUGGACAGUAACAUAAAUACCAGCUACUGAUACAGACGCUGCCUUAUAUUUGACUGCUAUGUUAAACCCCCUUUUUUUUCCUCUCUUUUUUUAUUAUUUGGCUUGCCCUCACAUUAUCCCCAUUUAACAUGAAACAGGUUAUAUUAGUGAUUAUGAUGUAAGCAGUCAGGCAGAGAUUUAAUAUGAAAUGGCUAUGCAAUUCUUAAUGCUAAUUGCAUCGACACUUUAUAAACAUAUGCAGAAGUUUUAUGACAAAGUAAAUAUUUUACCUGUACAGAUAUAAUCAGAAGUGUCCUUAAUCCUUUCAUCUGAAUGCUGCUGUUGGUACUUUGUGUGUCGGUGUUGAUCGUCUUUUUGUAUUUCAUGUGUUUAGUCUUUCAGUUAAUGUUGCACGGAAUGUUGACAUUUUUCUGAAAACAUGAUUUUAAUAUUCGCCACAUUCAGGAGCCGCAGACCAGUAUUUGCCCCAUUUACUUCUUCAAAUGAUUGGUUAUUAGUUUGAAGAUGUAUGACAGCAGCAGAUAAUAAAAGAAGCUAAAAAGAUCA